AUGUCUCUGCAACCCGCACCCACAGAUCUCACCUCGCAGAUCGACCUACUCAUCUCGCUGCACCUAUGGGCCUGGCCAGCGCUGACGCUCGCGAUCCAGAACUCCUGGGGCGGGUCCGCUCAAGUCUCGCAUGACAAGCGCGAGUGGUUCGCGGGAGCCAUCUCCGAGCUCUUGACCUCUUCACCUCCGCAGCUCGCCGACGUGGCCGAUCUCGAAGAAGUCCUGCUGCAGGUCAUGGUCGACGAGUUCGAGGUCGUCGUCGACGACGGCAGUGCCGAAGACACGGCGCGCGAGAUCUGGGCGGGCGUCACGAAACUCCAUGCCGGAGAUGCGUCCGAGUUGACUGCACUGUAUGGGAAAUGGCAGACGAAGCAGGCCAAGAACGGUGGCAAAGAGGUGGUCGAGGGCAUUGUGAGGGGCGAGGAUAAGGAGGCAGACGACACGGAUUGGGAUGAUAGUGAUGACGACGGCGACGAGUGGAAUGGGUUCCCAGAUAAACCCGCCACCAACAGAGACGUCGAUAUGGACAUGGACGAGGCCCCGCCGUUGGUCGAAGCCUCUCAACCGAGGCAGAAAAUCGAGCCUGAAAUCGACGAGGACGGUUUCACCAAGGUCGUCAGCAAAAAAAAGAGAUGA